AUGAGAUAUCAUCUUCUCGUAUCUACUAUUAUUGCACUCUUACUAGUUUCCACCGUUUCUGCAAUUUGGUCUCCAACUGUCGCUGUUCGCAAGCGUCUACCUCGUCCACUUGCCAGCGUACCUCACUUACGGCACGAACAGCGCCUACAAGGUAAUCGCAAACUUCAAGAUUGGCUUCAAAACCAGCAGCCUACGAUGAAUAACUUUUUGAAUACUGUCUUUCCUUCAUCUACGGCUUCAAAUAGGGAUAGCAGUGGCCCAUUUAGCCGUAAAGGCGGCCCUGUUAUCUCGGAUGUUCUCCCCAAGGCUCGCGGUGUCAACAUAUUUGCUUCCCUUACCCGGGAUUUCGAGUCAGUAUCUUCUCGGCUUGACGACGCAUCAAGUAAUGUAACGGUCCUUGCCCCUCGAAACAGCGCAAUUAUGGGUUUGCCACAUAAGCCUUGGGAGAAUCCGGAAGACUAUGAACAGCAUGGGGAAAUGAAAGCAUAUGCAGGGCAAGAAGGGCACGACCGCGCCAAAAGCAAUCUAGAACGAUUUGUGAAGGCCCAUAUAAUACCUACCAGUCCUUGGGAAACGGACGAGGAAGUAGAAACCCUUGGUGGACAAAAGUUGAAGUGGUCAAAAGACGGAGAUAAGAUCAUUAUCCAGCCUGGGACUGUCGAAGUUGAAAGCAUCGCCGAGAAGGUGUCGAACGGCGAGGUCUGGAUCCUUAACGGGGUGAUCAACUCCCGUUAA